AUGGGUUUCGAGGAUUUGGAUGAGCUAGAGAGGCUUUUAAACCAUCUCCAACGAGUUUCUGCUGGGAAGCAACCGCUUUUUAAUACAGUGGUUUUAAACUCUGAAGAAAUACGGCGGUGCAGUGAAAAUUUGUGGAGUACGAGUGGGACAGAGAAAUUUAAAACGCUUUUAGAUUUGGGGAAUGUGCUUUCAAAGCCUUUAAAAUCGGAUGCCGCGCUAUACCAAGUGUUAGAAAAGCUAAACAUUUUGCUUACGAAAGGGCAGGAGGGACCCGCAAUGGUCGUGAUAGAUCCGCUGCUUUUGACCAUCGCGGUCCUGGAAAUCCUGCUAACAGUUUGCCAGAGUCUUAGUAAUAAUGCUGAGGUAUCGAAGGUACGACGUUCUAUAGAAAUCUCGAUCAUCAAAUGCAUUAGAGUACACUUCAUCCGGCAGUACGCCGACCUUCUGUGGGAAUUGGCAAAAUCAAAAAUUUAA